AUGUGCCCUGCUGGUGUAAAGCAACGUGGGGCAGAGGGAGCAGCAGGGGAGCAGCAGAAGAGGGUCCUCCUGGGCUUCACCAUCCAGCACCCAAGUGAGAUGCAGGUCCCCUUUAACCCCUCCCUUGGUAUGGGCACCCAGAGAGAGCACCGUCCAGCGCCCAGCAAGCAGCACGCGGAGAGGACUGGAGCUGCUGCACCCACUCGCGUGGUUCAUUCCGCUUCAACUCCACCCAUCUGCAUCCCACUGCACCGCACCGCAGCUAAGUGUCUCUACCUGCUCCCCCCCUCCUGCCAUGCUCCUUCAUCCCUCUGCUUUUUGCCACUCGUUUCCUCACUCUCAGCUCGUCACUUCUUACUUGCCUUGUCAAUUGCUGCUCUCGUUGCUGCUUUCUCCCCUGCUGCACUUGUUGCUCCUUGA